AUGGAUGUCGAUAUUCUCACCCUAUAUGGACCUGGGAUGUCCUUUUAUCGGUCGCAGAUUCAGUUGUCGUCUUCGAAAGAGAAUGGCAGCUGGGUGUACAUUGUGUCUGCGGCACCAAUACUGAUGUCUAUUCAGAGAUACUCCUCGGCUCUUGAGUCGUUGAAUGUCAGCAAUCAGAACCUGGACCAUAAAAUGAGCAUGCUACGCUCCAAUGUAUUCCGACUCAAAACCGAUUUGUCAAAGCUCCAGCGCCACGUUAGGGCGUUUCACAAUGAGCUCUUGACCACAUGGCAGGCUGACACGCUUACCCGGCUGGUUGAAGUUGUCUACGAGCGACAAAAUUGGAAGUUACCAGGAGGGGUCGCUGUCGGUGAUCACAUCCAUUUGAGCCGCGAGAGACAGUCACGCAUCUUGGCCACUGCUGCGAGGAGGAUCAGAAAGCCGAUACUGAGAAAGAAUUUUGGGCUCUCGGUGCAGUACUACUCGGCUCUACAGAGAUACGACGAGAUUGUCCACUUGCGCAGUACGAACGCCUUUCGGACGGAAUGCACAUUUGCUCGAAGACUAGUUUCAGAAAAGGAGAAUCACUGGGGCAUGUAUCGAUUUUGGGGGGCACUGUUUCCUCUCUGCUAUAGUCGGUCUGUGGAGGAGAGCGCCGAAAUAUUCUGA